GUCUCUGCAUGUGCAGACUAUUUAUUACCAUACAAUCUGCCAUCUGUCACUCCACACUCAGUUUCGUUUGUCUGUAGAACAUUUUCUUUCUUCAGAAUGAGGGACCUGAUCGCUGUCCUACUGCUGGUGACAAUUCUGUCAGUCUGUCAGGGGAGGGUGGGUCACGUGUGCACGUCCAAAGACCAGUGUGCAGCCGACGAGUGCUGCGAGAUCAUCAACAUCGUCGUGGCCAGCAGGAAACGUCAGGCUCUGCUGCAGCCCAUCCGUCCUGUCAGCCACUCAGGUACAUGCCAGAAAUACCAACAGAAGGGCAGCUACUGUCAGGCCUUUGACGUGCUGAACGGUUACUGCGGCUGCGCGCAGGGCCUGACCUGCAAGUCGGUCUACGUGGGUACCCCGUUACCUCCUGUACCCGCCUCUCCUUCUCGCCGGGACAUCAUGCCUGGCUACGCCUUUUAUUGUCUGGAAGCUGGAACUGUGUAAUCCUCCGUCAGUCUUGGACUCUUUUUGAAUGAUGUCUUGAACCUUUUGACACCACGACAUCUUCAACAGUGUCUUUGCGCCUAUCAGUGCCUGCUAAAUAAUGAGCGCCUCGCUUUCUAGUGUGCCUUCAACAGGCUACAGUUUACAAAUAUUUGUCACUAGGAUCAGGUUUCGAGUUUUAUUCGUCUGUCCACUACGGUCAUUUGUUUGACGCUCCAGGUUAUGUACGACCCAUGCUUCAAGAGGAUUCCAUGUUCCAAUAAAGUUGUAAACAAUA